AUGCAUUUCACUACUGCUUUUAUCUCCCUUCUUGCCGCGGCUUCCACUGCUGUGGCUUCAGGAGUCUGGUGCGCUACUGGCUACGAGAAGUUGAACAACUGCAAUACCCAUCAGGGCUUCUCCGCGUGCGAGGAGGACACUGGAUGUUUCAGCGUGGGCGAUAACACAAUCAAGUCUAUCAUUUUCACGGAUAUGAAGGGUUACAAGGCAACCUACUUCCAGGAGAAGGACUGCAAAGGUCCUACCUGGUAUGCCACUAAAGGCGUUUGCGAGAAUGCCGAGUACACCUCGACUGGUUCAUAUGUGGAUAUCAAGUCCUACAGAAUCACCAAGACAUAA